AUGGGAUGUGAGCGUCGCCAUGGCAGCGUUCCACCCCGGCCAGUGAUGGUAUUGCUGGCUGGGCUGUGUGGCUCGAUGCAGUUGUCCAGUGCGGCUUUUAUACUCAAGCUGGUGCCAGUCAUGACCACGUGCCCGCGGCCUCCCGGCCUGACGUCGCCUAAUGUGGCCUUGCAUGCUCGUGGUGGCGGAAGAUCUGUGUCCUGCGAGGAUGUGAAGAAGAGCAUCAUGAAGCGACGGGCCGUUCUGGACAAGGACCUGAGGAAUCUCGAGAAGUAUGACAAGAUAGACAAGGGCCAUGCGAGGGAGCUUGACACAAAGACGAAAGGAUUGGAAACAGAUCUUGCUCGAUGGGAUAGAUUGGGAUGCGGUCCCGACGAUGAUGUGGACAAGGUUCUGACAGAAAUCGCAGAGGCCAAAGAGGUGUUGGACCAGAAGAGGGAGUGA